UUUGCAUAAGUGCAGAAAAUAUGUUUAUGCUUGCAGUAUCUGUCUUGUUAGUGACGAUUCUGAUACAUGCUUACUAUGAAAGGACAAUGAAGCCCCCAGAACCAAGAAUCUGCGGGACUCCGAACGGCCCGCCGGUGACCUCACCGAGAAUCAAGCUCAGUGAUGGUAGACAUUUGGCUUACAGAGAAAGAGGAGUCCCUAAACAAGUUGCCAAACACAAAGUCAUACUUGUCCAUGGCUUUAACAGCUCCAAGGACAUCUAUUUGCCACUUUCUAAAGAAGUAGUGGACGAGUUGGGAUUGUACGUGCUGACAUAUGACAGAGCUGGGUAUGGAGAGAGCGAUCCAAACCCAAAACGCAGCGUCAAGACUGAAGCUUUUGAUAUCCAAGAACUGGUUGAUCAGUUGGAACUGGGUCAAAAAUUCUACCUCAUUGGUCUCUCCAUUGGAACACAUCCAGUCUGGGGUUGCCUUAAAUACUUACCACACAGGCUAGCUGGAGUGACAAUGGUGGUUCCUGUGAUAAAUUUCUGGUGGCCAUCUUUUAAUCCAGAAUUGGCGAACAGGAUAUUCAAGAAGCAACUCAAAAGAGAUCAAUGGAAACUCAGGAUUUCACACUAUGCUCCUGGCCUGGUCUACUGGUGGAUGACCCAAAAGAUUUUCCCUUGUUGUUCUAUAAUGCAGGAACACCCAAUUCUAGCUAACAGACGAGACGUACAAACCAUAAAGCAAAUGUCACAUGUACCUAUGCCUCACGAGCAUAAGAUUAGGCAGCAGGGCGAUUUCGAAUCGCUGCAUAGGGACCUGAUGGUGCAUUUUGGGAGGUGGGAGUUCGAUCCGAUGGAGAUGAAGAAUCCAUUCCCAGAAAAGGAAGGUUGUGGUGUGUAUCUAUGGCAGGGUCAUGAAGAUAAGUUAGUGCCCUAUGAACUGCAACGAUAUCUGGCGAACAAGCUUCCAUGGAUAAAGUACGUUGAGGUUGAAGAUGGUGGGCAUCUUAUGAUUCACGAACCAGGUUUAUGUGAAGCUAUUUUCAGACAACUCUUGCUCGGCCAACAACCCUCUCUCCAGUAGCUUUUUCAACUUGUACCGUAAUCUUUUGGUUCGGUUACAGCUCUGUUACGAUAAAAUUACACAACCCACGUCGUUUUGGAUUUCUGAGGCUUUUGGCCAUCGAUUUCUGAGUUUUUGAGUUUAACUCACUGUCGAUAUCAUAGCGGUGAGUUUUGGUAAAUUUUGAUUUUCAAAAUUGACUUCGCUAGAGGUCGGUCCGAAGUUGAAAGGUCAAGAAAACCAUAAAUAGUAAUAAUAGGUGAAAUUCAAACCAAUCCGCAAUUCGUGUGGUUCAACUCAUAAAAAACGGAACUAGUCAAGAUAGUUCGAGUUUAACACUUUUCAUGUGUGACGAGGACUAUUUAUAAGUGCAGCAUGACAAUACAAAUAUUACUACUUCCGGUGUGUAGUUUAUAGUACAAUU